AUGUCCACAGAUAUGCAAAUAAAUCCCCAGCGAGCGAAACAGCUCGCAGAGAACCUAGCCAGCAUAUCCUCGCGCGUCAAUGCAGCUAGCAAGUCUGGAAAGAAGAUCCGCCUAAUCGCCGUCUCGAAGCUCAAGCCCGCAACCGACAUCCUCUCCCUCCACCAACCACCACCACCGCAAUCGCCCUCCUCCGCCUCCGCCUCCGCCUCCCCCUCCCCACAACCACACUCCCACUUCGGCGAAAACUAUGUCCAGGAGCUCCUCGAGAAAUCCCGCAUCCUGCCCCGCUCGAUACGCUGGCACAUGAUCGGUGGCCUCCAGUCGAACAAGUGCAAGCAACUCGCGGAGCAGAUCCCGAACCUCUGGUGCGUGAGCAGCGUGGACAGCGAGAAGAAAGCCAACGAACUCGAGAAGGGGCGGAAAGCCCUCGCGCUCGCCUCCCCCCAAGAGGAGCAAUUGAGGAUCAUGGUGCAGGUGAACACGAGCGGAGAGGAGAACAAGUCUGGUGUCGAGCCCGAGGACGCGCUGGCGCUGUGCAGACACGUCGUGGAUAAGUGUCCGCACUUGCGGCUCACGGGGCUGAUGACGAUCGGUGCGAUUGCGAGGAGUAAGGCGACGACGGAGGAGAAUGAGAAUGAGGAUUUUGUGAGGUUGAGGGAGACGAGGGAUCGGGUUGCUAAGGAGCUGGGGUGGGAGGAGGGGAGGCUGGAGUUGAGUAUGGGGAUGAGUGCGGACUUUGAGGGUGCGAUUGCGCAGGGGAGUGAUGAGGUGAGGGUGGGUAGUGAUAUCUUUGGGGAGAGGCCUGCGAAGAAGGAUGCUGUGAUAUAG